AUGGCUGACGACUUCGUAAUCGAGGCAUUCACCCUCCUCGCCAUCGCCAUCACGGCGAUCAUCUUCCGCGUCGUCGCACGAUGGGUCACGGCGGGGCCGAAGAAUCUCAUGCUGGAUGAUUAUCUGAUGCCCGUGGCGGGGGUGGUGUAUGGUCUCGAGACCGGGGCGGCGUACUGCGUCAGUGCGUGGUGGAUGGGACUGGCCAAUAAUUCCAUGACGGCGGCGGAGCGCGCAGCGCUGUCGCCAUCGUCGCAUGAAUACCAUCUUCGGGUGGGAGGGUCGAAAACACAGGUGCUGGGGUGGUCGUUGUAUACGACGUUGUUGUGGUUGUUGAAGACUUGUAUGGCGGUGUUUUAUUCCCGAUUAACGGCCGGUUUGAUCAACAUGCACCUCCGCAUCCGCAUUGCGUACCUCGUCAUCGGAGUCACCUACAUCGCUGUCAUUCUCAGCAUCCUCCUCGGCUGUCACCCCCUGCACAAGAACUGGCAGAUUAACCCCGACCCCGGGAAUUACUGCCAACCGGCCGUCUCGCAUAUCGAUGUUUAUGUGACGGUCACGUUGAAUGUUGCGACGGAUUUAUAUCUCAUUUCGAUUCCGUUUCCUAUCCUCUUCAAAGCGCGUCUCCCUUGGCGUGAGAAACUCGAACUCAUCGUUCUUUUCUCCGGGGGGUUCUUUGUCAUGGCGGCGGGGAUACUUCGCUGCGUGUUGAUCGUUACGGCCGGAGCCAACGGCGCCGCCCAAGCCGGCCGGUGGGCAUGCCGCGAAACCUUCGUGGCCAUGAUCAUCGGCAACAUCCCGAUGAUCUACCCACUGUGUCGUCGUCUCGCCCGUCGCGCGGGCCUCUACAUCUCCACGAAAGGCGGCGCCAGCUCGCAAAGUUACCCGUUAUCUGAAGGCACGGGAGAUCUACACUCCAGCGAGAAUAGUAAGAAUCGACGCCGCAAGUUCCGUCAUCCGUUGUCGUUGCCGGAUACGCAGUGGGGGACGGUGAGUGAUGAGGUGGGGAUGUUGGCGACGGUGAGGGAGUGGGAGGGGGUUGGUGUAGGGGAUGGGGGGAGUGUGAGUGUGGAUGGGAGGAGUGGACGGAGUGUAGGGGAUGCAGGAGGGGGGAUUAAGGUGGUGAGGGAGACGAUUGUUAGUCGGUGA